GCAUGUAUCGGUCCCACGAUCCUGCCCGCGAGCGAGCGCUGCUGAUUUUCUGGAAUCUUCGGAGGGUUCGGUGGCCUGCGCUUAUCCGUAAUUUCACGGUCUCGUGUCGAGAAUCUCAUUCUGUGCAUGGACUCUUGUGGUGCAAAGGCUGUAGCUGGCAAGUUGUAGUUGACGAAGUUGCAAUCUUGCAGAAUUCAAGCUGCUCCCAUUCUCUCGAUUUCUGCUCUUACUGUCAGAUCUUACGUGCUUGCUGGUCUGUUCUCUUGAUCCAUUAGAAGACAGCUCUCAGAGGCAGCUCGAUGAUGUCUUCCGCUCCGGGUCAAUGGCUCGUGUACGACGGAUAUGAUCCCAGAUGGAUUAUAGGAAGAGACAAGGGCCCUCCGGUCGUUCCGAAGCCCAAACUACCGCCUACUCCAGCGCCUCCUCCGAAGGUCGUGCCACCACCGCCCCCCGAACCGGAGCCAAUAGUCCUGAAAGUCUUCUUCUGCUGCGAAGGAUGCGUUGAGAGGAUGAGGGAAGCAUUUAAAGAGCUAAAUGGUGUGGAAUGCGUAAAGGUGGAUCCUGGCUCUGGAAACGUGUUAAUCACGGGCAAGGUUAACGUUGAAGAAUGUCUGAAGCUGGCAAGGAGGAUAAACAAGCGCACAGAGCUUUUGCUGCGGAAAUGAGGGAAAGUCCAUCUUCGGUCAUGAAAGAGCACAAGAAGAGAAAAGGAAAAUGUGGACUGCCAAUCAUGUUGAAGGGGUCGUUCCCAAACUUUUAGUACAUUGCUGGACGCUUCUGUGAAGCUUAGGGUACAAUUCAUCGGAUCGUUUUCGUUGCCUCUAUCCGGGAAGCAUUCAUUUGGAUGAUUGUUUCACAUGGGAUACACUAGUAGGCGGUGUUUGCAGUACUCGAGAGAAGAUUCUCUGGGAUACCGUAGAUAGGCAUUCUGAACACAUUCGUGAAAGGGAGUAAACAGGAGUUUCAUCUUGAAUCAAGGUCUCAAUAUUUUCUGCAGGUUCUGGUUACUUUGUAAUCCGAACGUCAACGAGCAAAUUGAGAUAUUUUCACACUUAGAAAUAACUCGGGAUACACGAAAAGAGGAAUCUAAAGGCAGAGAAAAUGACUUUUUUUUUAUAACCCAACAGGAAUGGUCCUGUUGCUUCGUAUAAGUCUGAUUUCAUGACUUUUAGUGCAGCAGAUCUGCCACAUUUUCAAGAGCCACAAGGAAUUAUGAAGAAUAAAAGUUCAAGACUGCAUAUCUGUCUAAUAUAUCCACUGAAAGGGUUCAUAGUAACGUAGUCUUUUAAAAGAGGAAUUCCACUGAUGUCAUGUAAACGAGGAAUUUGGUUAUGCCAAAGGAUUCUUUCUGAACCUAAAUAAACGGUAUUUCUGACUGGAGAUUGGCAAAGAUCAAAGCACAAUAUGGUAGCAACUCACUAAGUGCGUAUUCACAAUUGGCCGAAGGGCUUCAUGAAAUGUGAAGCAAAAUGAUUAUGGUAAUCAGGAUGCGACUGCGGUGAAACGAUGGGAUGAGACUGCUUCAGUUUUAGGGCCAGGAUCCUAGGCCUAAGAUGAGCUGAGACAUCUAUGAGUUG